AUGCUCUGCAUGAUCUCAGCAGACUGGAAUGCAGAAAAGGAUUUAUUCCAGUUCACCCGAGGUCGCUUUGUAUACGAGGAAACCGAUCAAUUAAAACAGCGGUACAUUCAGUUCGAUCUCAAGCAGCUUGGUGAGAUUGCUGCACAGGCAGUCGGUGCUGCACGAUGCGUCAAAAUUGAGAAAUGUCCCGAUGGCCUAUACAACAAGGCCUACAUCCUAACUAUGGAUACGGCCAGCGAGGUUGCCACCAUGGAUUUUAUGCGAAAUGUUUUACAGACUCCGGCACCGCAGGUGUAUGCCUGGAAUUUCCGGGUUGAUAGAAGCAAUCCGGUCGGUGCGGAGUAUAUUGUAAUGGAAAGAGUGCAGGGUAUUCGUCUCGCCCGAGUCUGGGACUCGCUUCAGCUGCAAGAUUGGAUCAAAAUAUGUCUGCAAAUUUUCAAAUACCGAAAAAAAAAGUGGACCGCGGCCAAAUUUUCACAGUUCGGAAGCCUCUACUACUGCCAGGACAUCGAGUCAGCAGCACCAGGGACCCAACUGUACGUUGAUGAAGCAGGGUACUCUGUUGAUAGUUCCCAAUUCACUGUAGGCCCUGCUGUUGGCCGAGAAUGGGUUGAUGAUGGCAGAUGGAAUCUGCGGGGUGAUCGUGGCCCAUGGCGGUCCAUUCUUGACCUUCGCUCAGCGAUUGGGUUUCGAGAAGCUACUGCUGUCAGAACAUCCCAGCAGACACCUAAACAACUUGUGAUGUUUUAUGGACCCGGAGUUCAUCAGCCGUCUGCCGCGAAGAAACUUGCAGCAAUCGAGUCAUACUCCCAAAUUGUGCGCGUCCUGCUACCCAAGGAACCGGCCUUUACCACAGGCCACCUCUGGCAUAAUGAUCCCCAUUUGGAAAACAUAUAUGUCAACCCUUCCAACCCCAGAGAAAUUCUCGGCAUUAUUGAUUGGCAGUCUGUUCAGAUAAUGCCUCUAUUUGACCAUUGCCUGGACCCAGAUUUCAUAGGCUAUAAGGGACCAGACGUAGGAGAUGAUCUCGAACCUCCUAUAAUACCUAAAUAUGUCGACGACCUCGAUCCGCCUGACCGCGCCAUUGCUAUAAAACAAUUCUACACCAAGUGCCUCAUGAUUGCAUGGCGGACGGUGGUGAAAGCCAAGAACCCUGCCCAAUAUAGCGCCAUUCAAUUCAGGGGAUCUAAAGCCGGCCAUCUUGGACAUCUUAUCCAAAAUAUUGCUGUGCUUGGUGAAGCGCAUGCUCGAGCGUUAUUGCUCGAUGUAAGGGAUGAGUGGUGGCAAAUGUCUUCGUAUUCGGAUCCAAAAUUCCCGAUUGAGUUCUUAGAAGACGAAGUCACCGAAAUUGAAAAUGAUGUGUAG